AUGGGAGCUGCCAAGGAAUCUCAGCUUCCUGGCCUUUCCGGCUUCGACCCGGUCUCCAUACAGCCAUGGACCGUCAAGGUCGUCGUCGUCAUGACGGUUCUGGCCUUAGUCUUCGUCGGUCUUAGGUUGCUGAGUCGCUAUCUGAAGAAGCAGGCGCUCUGGUGGGACGACUACAUGAUCAUUUUCUCCAUGCUCUGGAACCUGGUCGUUGUGGGCUUCAUCUUUGCCAUGCACGACUGCGGAAUGGGCCUCCACGCCGACCUCGUGGACCCCUCCGACCUUGUCAUGAUGGCCAAGUGGCUCCUCGUUGCCGAGAUCCUGUACGCCUGGAACCUUGGCUGGACCAAGCUGAGUCUGCUUCUCAUGUACUACCGCAUCUUCCGCGUCUCCUACUUCAAGAAGAUGGCAUGGGCGGUCGGCGCCUUCGUCAUGGCCUGGGUCGUCUGCGUCACCUUCCUCUUCAUCUUCAUCUGCGUGCCCGUCCAGAAGCUUUGGUACCCCGAGCUCCCCGGACGCUGCAUCGACCAGGUCGGCACCUGGAUCUCCAACGCAGCCUCCACCCUAUUCACCGAUCUCAUCAUCCUUUGCCUGCCCAUCCCUCAGAUCUGGAGACUCCAGCUCAGCAAGCGGGAGAAGAUUGGUCUGACUAUGGCCUUUGGUCUCGGUUUCUUUGUCGUCUUCGCCUCCGCCUACCGCACCAGUGUUCUCUUCACCUACUCGUCCACCGAUCCCAGCUACACGCUUGCGCCUACUGUCGGGUGGACCGAAAUCGAGAUGUCGGCCGGAAUCAUCUCCGCCUGCCUCCCCACCCUCCUCCCCAUCAUCAAUUACAUCGCCCGCCGCUUCGGCAUCAGGACCCCCCUCAGCAGGGCCGUCCACAGCGAUGGCCGCUCCAAGCAGUCCAGCUCCGCCCCCGAGAGCAAGGGAAACCUGACCGACGUCAGCACCAAGCGAUCCAGCAACAACUUCUAUCGUCUCCCCGAUGAGGAGCACGACAACGCACCCGCGCCCAUCGACUCCAAUCUUAGGCCCGACGGCAAGGAGUACGGAUACACCAUCAAGACCACAGGUCGUGGUGGCAAGGACGACGACAGUGGUGACGACAUUCCCCUGCGCGGUAUCCGGGUGCGGACAGACUUCGAGAGGACGACUAUGAAGAAGUAA